AUGGCUUCGAGUGUGGAUGCAAAGCUGCUCAAGUCGACAAAGUUCCCAGCAGAGUUCAGUCAGAAGGUUGACAUGCAGAAGGUCAAUGUCGAAGUCAUGAAGAAAUGGAUCGCUGGCAAGAUUUCCGACAUACUUGGGAAUGAGGAUGAUGUUGUUAUUGAGCUCUGCUUCAAUUUACUCGAAGGUUCACGUAAUCCUGAUAUCAAAGUGCUACAAAUCCAGCUUACAGGGUUUCUCGACAAGGAUACUGCCAAAUUCUGCAAAGAGUUAUGGUUGCUCUGCCUCAGCGCUCAGAGCAACCCCCAAGGCGUGCCCAAGGAAUUGCUAGAGGCCAAGAAGCUAGAAUUGAUACAAGAGAAGGUAGGAUUGAUGCUGAAAAGGCUGCUGAGGAGGCACAACGCCGCAAAGAACAAGAGCGACAGCGAGAUCGAAACAUUGAUAACAUCAGGCAACGAGAGAGGGGUGAACGAGGAGGCCGUGGCCGGGGCAGAGGCGAUAGGGGAGGCUAUCGUGAUUUCGAUAGGCGUCCUACACGAGAUUCAAGGUCUCCACCUCCCAGACGCCGAAGCCCACCACCUGGCUUCCGUGGUCCUCCUCCCCCACGUGAGACUGAUACAUACAUUCCACCUAGCCGAGGUGGCCGUCGUUCAGAUGACAGGCGACGCCGGUCGCCUUCUCCUAGAAGAUCGCCUUCCUACUCGCGGUCCCGGUCUAGAACUCCACCACGUCGAAGAUACAAAGACGACGAUCCUCCAAGACCACGCCGUCGAUAUACUCCAAGCCAAUCUCGGACUCCUCCACGACGGACUUAUGGCAGAGAUAGAGGUCAGAGGGUUCGGGGACGUGGUGAUGAUCGAGCAAGAUCCUACACACCUUCAGAUACCUCUCGCUCACGUUCCCCCAGACGAAAAAGACGCUCCCCUUCCCUGUCGUCUCGUAGUCCUACACCACCUUCAAGAGCCAGACAUUAUGGCCGAAGACGGCGUUCGUCAUCUCCAUCGAGUUCUCGCUCAACAAGCAGGGACCGAAAACCUGCGGGCAGAUCCAGAAAAUCACUUUCCUAUGACAGUGAUGACAGAAGGAGUCGCGCUGAUUAUCGAAAGGGACCAAGACAUCAUCAUGACCAGCAUCGCAGCCCCAGCCCCAGCGGUAGCCACAGCAAAGAACGACUUUCUCCUGCUCCUGCACCAUUAG